AUGAAGAGCAUGAAGACCUGGGCUGGCAACGUGUUCGCUGGCCCAUCUUGGACCUUACGUUUUUUUCUGUACUUCUUCGGUCUGGGCUACAUGUUCUGCGGCGUUGGCGUGGUCUCAGACAUUUUCAUGAAUGCCAUCGAGGAAAUUACGUCGAAGACAGUGAAGAAAGUGAACCCUGCAAGCGGCGAAUUUGUACGAGUGAAAGUGUGGAAUGCUACUGUGGCCAAUCUCACCUUGAUGGCUUUAGGAAGUUCAGCUCCAGAAAUUCUGCUGAGCAUUAUCGAACUUCUGGGCAAUGAGAUGUACAGUGGCGAGCUAGGUCCUUCAACCAUCGUGGGUUCGGCAGCCUUUAACUUACUUUGCAUCAUCGCAGUGUGCAUUUCUGCGAUUCCCCCAGGGGAGGUUCGAAAGAUCAAAGAGCUGCCGGUUUUUGUGGUCACCACCACCUUCUCCAUUUUCGCAUAUGUGUGGCUUCUCUUUAUUCUACUGGUCACCAGUCCAAGUAUUGUCGAGAUAUGGGAAGGUGUCUUCACCUUCAUCUUCUUCUGGAUGCUCAUCAGCAUCGCUUACAUGGCCGAUAGAGGAUACUUUGGUUUCCGCAUCGAAGAUGAUGAGGAUGACGAUGAAGAUGCACCCAUUCGAACACGUGUCAUCAGCGCCGAAUUAAGCGCGGAGGAUUUAGCGAAGAUCCAAAGUCAGCUGUUGCAGGUGCAUGGUCGUCACCUUAGCGACGAUGAGCUGAUCAAGCUCAUUGAGGAGGAACGAAGUAAUCAGAUGCCGCGGAAAGAAACGCAGACCGACAUGCGAAAAGUUGCGCCAUUGGAUAUUGAGAGCCAGGCGCCAAGCUGCAUCGUGGGCAAGGGCUUGGAAGGUAUGGAAGACGUGACCCCGCCCAAGGAUGAUGCACCUACGCUGAAGAGCAGUUGGCCAAUUGCGGCGCUGACGUUUUGGCUACUUCAACUUCGAGAAGUUCAGCAACGGCUUACAAUCGAUGUGGGUGAGAAUGAUGAACCCUACCUGGGCGCUCUCAUCGCUGCUUGUCUACAUCAACGUGGACAGCGCAUUCGAGAGACUGCUCUGCACCUUGCGCGGCAGGCUGCAGUGCUGAUGAUAGAGAACCUUGGUGCCUACUCAAAGUCUCUGGACAAUCAAGAUGUAGAGAGUCUAGCUGCAGCGAGGGUGAAGAAUGAUAGACUUGACCCUUUGAUCUACCACGCACUGUUUGACAAAGUGCACAAAGGGAUUCAUCCCAAUCUUGCAAAGUCCAAAGAAGAGUUCAAGGUUGCAAUGCGUGAUUCGCAACUGCUCAUGGUAUCUCAGAUUUGCUUAGCAAUAACCAUGUUCUCAUGUGGACAGGGUUCAACCACCUGUAACUUGAGGUGA